AGGCACUGAACAUCUUUCGCAAUUGUCAAAGACCAGUAUUCUCACUUGUUCGACAACAAAGUUAUCAGCUCCAAUGAAGACACAAAAUAAGUUUACAAUUACUAAGAAAAAGGUGCCUUAGGCAUUCUUUAUUUUACUCAAACACAAAUUUACAGUUGAUUGUUACAAAAUAAUAAAACAAAAACCUCUGAUUCAAUAUUGAAAAGGAGAGUAACUACAAUAUCUUUCAAAGUUAGGUAAUAAAUAUCAGUCUGUGGACUUCGAAACUUAUUUCGUGUGUGGUUUAUGUUUGACAACUUUGACUAUAAGGUGGAAAUGACUAAAGCCGUGUUCCUAAUGGACUUUUAUUUUUAAAAGUACCGCGACCUUUCUGUAGAAUGAUAAAAUUAAAUCAAAUGGGGAUGCAGGGUAAACUGACCUCCCUGUCAAUUUGCCGCAACCGUGAUGUAAAACUAACAGGCCAAAAGAGGUCGCAUUUAAGACUUCUGGGAAACCACGGUAAUUUAUCAGGGCCGCUACUUCUACCGCGACUGUGCUUUAAAAUGCCGGGAUAUAUAAGUCCAGGUGGGAAAGUACGUCAAAAAUAUACCAAAAACCAGUCACGGUAACUUUCCGCGAGGCAGCUGUGGAAAAAAAUUCAAUGGGAACAUAGCUAAACAUUCUUUGAGUGUUCAGUCAAAAAGGUUUUGUCCGAUAUAACUAUAAAAUAUUUUUGUUUCUCUCCUACUUCCAGUGAGCUCCAAAACACUCCUCCCAGAGGUGAGCUGGAACCGGUUCCUGUCCUCAAGAAAGAGGACUUCACAGACCCAACGAGUGGUCAAACAGUUCUUGGCAGAGGUGCUUUUGGAGAGGUGACUUUAAAAUACCAGCAUUCAGCUGCCCGAUGGGUCGCAUACAAGUCGCUCUUUGAGGGCAGCCGAGAUGACAUCGUCUUAGAAGCUCAAAUGAUGCAAUUGCUUGGAAAACAUCCAUCGUUCCCUGCCAUCUACGGUGUUGUGAUUCAAGAUGACCACCUUGCUCUGGUGACAGAGUUUCUGGGAGAUGAGCUCACAUCCCGUCCGCUAUCUCUCACUGAUGCGUUGCAGGGAAAGCGCCCUCUAGAGCUCUCGCAAGGAGAGUGGAACGACAUUGCUCAGGAUAUUGUUGAUGGGAUGUGGUACAUGCAUCAAUGUAGCCUACUCCACCAUGACAUAAAGACGGACAAUAUCCUACUUGUUGAGAGUGCCACACGAUGGGAGGCACGUAUCAUAGACUUUGGGCAAUGCAAGCAGUCCAAAGAACAACUUGUGGUUCCCCUCCAUGAGAAAAUAACCCCUCGUUGGGGAAUGAUGGCUGCCAGGUUACACUGGACAACAUUUAGUGACAUUUAUAGUGUAGGGAAAAUACUCCUUCUGAUUGGUCAACAUGGGAAUGUUCCAUCACUUACUGAGGGGGGACUGUCCCUCAAGAAGAGUGCAAAUUUGUCCAAAGAGCCAUCUGAUGAUGAGAAAUACCCUCAGAUGGAAAUUGUUCGAUUCCAACUACGAAACAAAAGCAGAAAAAUGUGGCAUUAA